AUGCUCCCGCACUUCUUGCUGCUCUGCCUCCUGCACUCGGUGCAAGCCACCGAGCUCCCCGAGAGCCGUGGGGACAACCAGAGCCUGGAGGCCGCGCUGGCCGCGCCCAACGCCUCGCACUUCUUCUCCUGGAACAACUACACCUUCUCGGACUGGCAGAACUUUGUGGGCAGGAGGCGGUACGGGGCCGAGUCCCAGAACCCCACGGUGAAAGCCCUGCUCAUUGUGGCUUACUCCUUCAUCAUCGUCUUCUCGCUCUUUGGGAACGUCCUGGUCUGUCAUGUCAUCUUCAAGAACCAGAGAAUGCACUCGGCCACCAGCCUCUUCAUCGUCAACCUGGCCGUGGCGGACAUCAUGAUCACGCUCCUCAACACCCCCUUCACUUUGGUCCGCUUUGUGAACAGCACGUGGGUGUUCGGGAAGGGCAUGUGCCACAUCAGCCGCUUUGCCCAGUACUGCUCCCUGCACGUCUCAGCCCUGACGCUGACGGCCAUUGCUGUGGACCGCCACCAGGUCAUUAUGCAUCCCUUGAAACCCCGGAUCUCAAUCACAAAAGGUGUGAUCUACAUCAUCAUCAUCUGGACCAUGGCUACGUUCUUUUCACUCCCACACGCUAUCUGCCAGAAAUUAUUUACCUUCAAGUACAGUGAGGAGAUUGUCCGCUCCCUAUGCUUGCCAGACUUCCCUGAACCAGCUGACCUCUUCUGGAAGUACUUGGACUUGGCCACCUUCAUCCUGCUCUACAUCCUACCCCUCCUCAUCAUCUCGGUGGCCUAUGCCCGAGUGGCCAAGAAGCUGUGGCUGUGCAAUACAAUCGGUGACGUGACCACGGAGCAGUACCUUGCCCUGCGGCGUAAGAAAAAGAAGACCAUCAAGAUGCUGAUGCUGGUGGUGGUACUUUUUGCCCUCUGCUGGUUCCCCCUUAACUGCUACGUCCUCCUCCUGUCCAGCAAAGUUAUCCGCACCAACAAUGCCAUCUACUUUGCCUUCCACUGGUUUGCCAUGAGCAGUACCUGCUACAACCCCUUCAUCUACUGCUGGCUCAAUGAGAACUUCAGGGUCGAGCUGAAGGCAUUACUGAGCAUGUGCCAAAGGCUCCCCAAGCCUCAGGAGGACAGGCCACCCUCCCCUAUUCCUUCUUUCAGGGUGGCAUGGACAGAAAAGAGCAAUGGCAGGAGGGCCCCACUAGCCAAUAACCUCCCACCCUCCUCCCAUUUCCAGCCUGGGAAGUCAGACCUGUUGUCUGUGGAGCCCAUUGUGGCAAUGAGUUAGAGGAGGUUGGGAAGAGGCAGGGGGAGGGAUCUAUCUCCAGCUGAGGUUAGAAGAGAGCCUGAGGAGAUGGCCUGCCUUCUCACACACAACCUUAACAGUACUGGAAACAAGUCCAUGCAGAAGAUAUAGGAUUCUGGAGUUUCUAGAAUACUCUGCCCAGCCUCCCAGCCCUAUCUGAUGUGAAAACUAUAAGGCAACUACCAACUAGACACAUGAUUAUAAAUUCCCAUCUAAGAAAUGCUGAGCGACAUAUCACCCUGGUCCCAUGAGCAAGAGACCUGAGGACAACUUCAGGCCAGAUGGGUGCUAAGUCAGUCAUUGCUCCAACUGUCUGGCAACUGG